AUGUCGAUAAUUCGUUUACAUUUGUUUCUAUUAUAUGAAAUUCUCUUUAUUUUGUGUCUAUUUAUUACUAUUACAUCUUCACUAAGAUGUUAUAAAUGUGAUGCAUCAGACGCAUGUAAAAAUCUCGAUCGUCAUGCAUCAUUAAAUGAUGACAUUGAAGAAAUAGAAUGUGAACAUUUAUGUUGGAAAUCAGUUUCACUUGGUAAUGUUUAUCGUGGCUGUGGUAAUAAACGUUGUGUUGCAUCACAUCAAAUGGGAUCAUUUAGCACUAGUCUAUGUUGUGAAGCAGAUUAUUGUAAUCAUGCCACAAAUAAACGUAUAUCUAUUCUAUCAAUAUUAACUAUUCCAAUGUUAUUUAAAAUAGUACAGAAGUUCAUGUUUUAA